AUGAAGCUCGCUACCACACUCGUUCCUCUCCUCUCUGCGACCGCGUGUCUUGCGGCCGCCACACGCACCUCGCCCUCGCCCAGAGCCCACCGCCGCGAUGUCAUCGCCGCCCGCCAGGCGCACGUCCGGCGCAACUUCCUCGACGUCUGCGCAGGCCUCAACACCGACCUCACCGUGCUCGGGUUCGUCACGGGCCACCUCGACACCUGCCUCUGCCUCUCGCUCUUGCCCGGCUUUCUCCAGGUCGAUGCUACCGCCAAGGCAGCCGUCGUCCUCGCCGGUGUGGACGUGGUGACUGCCCAGCUUGAGGCCCUAAUCAAUGAUGCUGGGAACAGCGAGUCGUGCAGCUAUCCCCCGCACGCGAGCCCCGUAUGCAGCUCGGACAACGUCUGCGGCUUCACCUGCACAGACGGCUACACGCCCUGGACGCCCCCCGGUGCGUCGCGCCCCACCGAGUGCGUGUGCGAUACGCCUGCGCUCGAAUGCAAUGGCGUGUGUGGCGUGUUCAAAAACGGCUGCGGCUCGGCCGUGCCCGCGCCUCCGCGCCGGCGCGCCGAUCCUCCCCUCUGCAAAGAUGGCCGCAAGGUAUGCGGGGUUUCCGGCGGGAGCAAGAGUCGCGGCUAUGAGUGCGUAGACACGACGUCGAGGCCUGACUCCUGUGGUGGCUGCGUGGUCUCCUCGCUCUUCACCUCUAACGAGCCCGCCACCGGCGUAGACUGCACUGUCAUUAAAAACGCGAUCAACCCCACCUGCGAGCAGGGCCGCUGCGUCAUCACCGCCUGUGCCUCAGAUUACAGACCCUCGCCCGAGGGCGACGCUUGCGUUGCGGUCACCAUUCCCAUUUCCAAGCGCGACGUUCCGGGGAUCGACGUCCAGGACGGCGUGGUCGCCAAACUCAAACCCGUUGUCGUCCUCGCUGAGGAUAGCGUCGUUCACGCAGGCCUCGGGCGGGACCUUGGCCAUGUGGCGGGAGCUGCCGUGGACGCAACCGGUGAGGUCGUUGCGGCAAUUGUAAAGGACACAUCCGUCGCGGUCGGAGCCUCUGUCGGAGUGAAAGUACGUGACGUUACCGGCGACGGCGCGGAUGCUGCAGGAGGCGCUGGAGGCGCUGGAGGCGCCGUAGUCAAUGCCAUCCCCCCUACGGCGGGAGCUGUCACGGGCGCAGCCGGUGGAGUUGUCGAGGGGAUUGCACAGGACACAUCCGUCGCGGUCGGAGCCUCUGUUGGAGCGGCAAUUACACCGUUACUAACGUUUGGUUCUCGCGUGAACUAUUUUACUUCGGUAACAUUGAUGGCUAACAACAUAUUCCUAGUCAUCUCUGCGGUAGAUAAUGAUAUGGUGUUUGAACUCGAGGCUUGGUGCAAAUGGCGACAUCUUGGCAGCGAACGAAAUAACGUUAUGCCCAUCCUCACAGAUCAAUUGCUCCCGCCGGCCGCGAAAUACCACAGCCACAGCAACCACAGGGUAUCAGCAACGAAAAUCUUCGCGAAACGGUGGCACAUGGAUAACUUCUGA